AUGACUUUGUUCCCCACCAAGUUUGAAAAUGGGAAGAUUGAGUACAAGAUAAGGUACAAGGGGAGAUCAAGGCCAUUCUCUAGAGCCAAGGCCUUGGUGACUUCAGAACAGUCCAGGGACCCAACCAAGCUAAAGGAGCUUCUGUCUCAAGUCCUCACUAUCACCCUUGAUGGAACCAACUUCAAGAAGCAACAGUUUAAGAUGUUGAGAGGUGAAGGAAGCAAGCAGCGUUCACAAGAGGGAGAUAACGAGAGGAGCAAGGAGAAUGCUUAA